CCACAUUGGCGCAGACAUCCCCUUACGCAGCGGCGUCUGGCGUGAGAGCAAAAGCAAGCGACAUUUCACCGCCCCCCUGCAACGACCCCCAGCGCUAUUCAUCUCAUCCAUCUAUCUAUCACCAAUACUAUCACUAUCACCCGAGCAACAGUAGCUACUAUGUCAAUCGCAGCGCUCCCGAAAGCCCUGCAAAUCUACAUCAACCCCCCUCCUGCUGCUGCACCUGGACCUAGGGGCGGCGGCACAGCUAGCCGCGCCGGCUCCGUCGCCAGCGGCGCUCCCCGGAACGCCGUUGCUUCCCGUACAGGAAUAGUGGCAGCAGCGGCGAAGAGUGGGAAUAGCAGCGCAGGCACAGCGCCCACACUGCCCUUUCAUCCCCUUCUACCCGCCAGCUAUGCACCGAAAGGCCUCAAGGCGCCGCCGCCUUCUCCUUCUCCUGUUUCCGCUGCCGGAGCUUCUAGCGCAAGGGAGGCAGGCGCCACAACCAGCAGCAGCAGCUUUGCGAGCACGACCCCAAGCAGCUUUGGCGAAGCGCUGACUAUCCUGCGUACCGGAAAGCAGCAGCCGCUCCCGCCAGAGUGGUGUCUGACGUUUGUCAUGCCACAACAACAGCAACAGCAGUACACCGAUCCCCCGAGUCGUUCUGGCGCACACUAUUCUGCCGCCACCGGAAGCAACAUCCCACGAGCUCGUGCCCCCACCGCCGCUGUCUCCUCCUCCUCCUCCGCCUCCGCCUCGUCUUCUUCUGCUUCCACAACUUCAUUUUCGAGACGCAAGGCCGUAAAGGUAUUUCGCAGUCCGUCUGCCAGGGCUGCAGCCCCAGCCGCAGCUACCUCCACCACCGCUUCCACUCCGUCAGCAAGCGAACAAAGCGACCACGCACGCGGCUCCCUUCCCGGGCGCCAAUAUGCACAGCCGGCCGCGACAGCUGCUGCCCGUACAAGCAAACAACAGCAGCAGUGCCACAUCGUCGCGCCGCGCACCGCCCACCCGCUCCUGGCUACCACACGCACCUGGGACGCGCAGACGGGCCGGCGCGCUGACAUCUUUGCGCUGACCAACGACCGCUACCCCGGCGCGCCAGGCACAGUGCUGCACAAAACCAGGGAGAGCGCCGUCAAGGCCGCCCUUGCGGCUAAGCGCGAGAUGGCCCGCCUUGCGGCCAAGAAGGCUGAGCUCGAGCACAUUCUUGGCUUUGGCACUGGCGCUGCGCCGGCUGGCGGUGGAGGUGCGGGUGGUGGUGGCGGUGGCGGCUUGUCAGCAGGAUCUUACGUGAACAGCAACGGCAGUGGGAGCGCGAACGGGGCGCAUUCAGCAGCAGGAGCAGUUGCAGCCGCAGACGGCCUGGCGAGCCUGCUGGGGGCCGACGCAGCGCUCAUGAACGGCCAUGGACAGGUGACGCUCGUGCGCGAACACACCUCUGCGCUCGGCAAGCGCCAGCGCAAGAGCGCCUCGCCGUACACGAUGCCGUACACGUCCACCGGCGCCAGCGCCGGCCCUGCGGCCAAGCGCGCGCGCAAGGGCGCAGCGAGAAGCGCCAGCGCCGCUGACGACGGCAGGAGCAGCCGCGCCGGCUCUACAGAACCCGCCGACCACCACUACCCGUCGCGUACGCGCCGGCCGCGGUCACGCGGCGCGUCGCCUGGCCCGCUGGCUGCCGGCGCUGCUGCUGGGCCUGGCGCGAGUGCAGCGGGGGGCGGGGAUGCUGUUGACGCUGCCGCGGUCGCCGACGGGCUCUCCAGCCUGCUGGCGGCAGGCACGCGGCGCGGCGUCAGCGGCCUGAGCAAGGAGUUCAAGCCGAUGCCAGAGGAGGAUGAAGAGGCAGAGGUGGAGGAGGCGGAGGGAGUGCAUCGCGCUGCGGACGAUGAGGGUGAUGCGCCCGCCAUGGCUGAGACUGGCGACGCUGGCGUCGCUGUCGCCGCCGAGGAGGGCGCGAGCAGAGCAGCAGACGGCAGCAAACGCAGUAAUAGCAACGACAAUGACGCGAAGCGCGCGUCCGACGCCGACGAGGAGGCGUCCACCCACGGGAAAAGUGCAUAGGCCUCCGCCGACGCAGUGGGCUCCGCUUCGUGAUUCGCGAUUCAAGCGCUUCCUGCUGCAGGCAGACCACCCCUACAUGCCGAUCUCUCAGGGAUGCUUUGUUUCUAUCGACGAU